UGUAUUUGUUAUUUCGUAAUACCUAUUAUUAUAUUUGAAGUUUUUGUGAAGCCAGUGGAAGAUUAUUAAUAUUAACAACAGAUGAGUUAAAAAUGUAGAUUAAAUAUAACGAAGAUAUCUUUAAAAGUGGGAAUAUACACAUGUCUACGCAACAACCUUAGCACAAGAUUUUAUAAAUUUCUCAAAAAUGUCGGAUAAGCCAGUAGUAGCUAGUGCUAACCAGCCAAUAGUUAAAAUAGGGCACUAUACACUUGGCGAUACUCUCGGUGUCGGCACAUUUGGUAAAGUAAAAAUAGGGGAACAUCAACUUACCAAACACAAGGUCGCAGUAAAAAUCCUUAACAGACAAAAGAUUAAAUCAUUAGAUGUAGUCGGCAAAAUCAGACGUGAGAUUCAGAAUCUCAAACUUUUUAGACAUCCACAUAUUAUUAAACUGUACCAGGUGAUAUCAACUCCAACUGAUAUUUUUAUGAUUAUGGAAUAUGUGUCUGGUGGAGAAUUAUUUGAUUACAUAGUCAAAAAGGGGAAACUACAGGAGCACGAAGCGAGAAGAUUUUUUCAACAAAUAAUAUCAGGUGUGGACUACUGCCAUCGUCAUAUGAUAGUUCAUAGAGAUCUGAAACCUGAAAAUUUACUACUGGACCACAACAUGCAUGUAAAGAUUGCUGAUUUUGGUCUUUCUAACAUGAUGAUGGAUGGUGAAUUUUUAAGGACAUCCUGUGGAUCACCAAAUUAUGCAGCACCAGAGGUAAUAUCUGGGAAACUCUACGCUGGUCCUGAAGUUGAUAUUUGGUCCUGUGGAGUUAUUCUUUAUGCACUUCUAUGUGGCACAUUGCCAUUUGAUGAUGAACAUGUACCAACAUUGUUCAGGAAGAUAAAGUCUGGUAUAUUCCCUAUACCUGAAUAUUUAAACAAAUCGGUUGUGAGCCUCCUCUGCAGCAUGUUACAAGUCGACCCAAUGAAGAGAGCCUCUAUUGAUGACAUUAAGAAACAUGAGUGGUUCCAAAAGAAUCUUCCUGAGUACUUAUUCCCUUCUCCUGUGGAACAGGACAGCAGUGUCAUAGACACAGAGGCUAUAUCGGAGGUGUGCGAUAAGUUUGGUGUCCGCGAGCAUGAGGUACACAAUGCUCUUCUGAGUGGUGAUCCCCAUGACCAACUAGCUAUUGCUUACCACCUUAUAAUAGACAACAAGCGCAUUGCUGAUGAAGCUGCCAAAGCAGAGAUAAAGGAAUUCUAUAUAGCUAACGCGGCGGCAGGCGGCGCCCCCGGCACGAGCGCAGACGUGGCGCGGCCGCACCCGGAGCGCAUCGCGCCGCUGCGGGACAAGAGCUCGCCGGCCCCGCACGCGCCGCCCCCUGCGCCUGACAACAAGCGCGGCACGCCUGUCAAGCGUGCUAAAUGGCAUUUGGGUAUCAGAUCGCAAAGUAAGCCCAACGACAUCAUGUUGGAAGUAUUCCGCGCAAUGAAGGCGUUAGAUUACGAGUGGAAAGUCAUCAAUCCUUACCACGUCAGGGUGCGCACUCUCAACAAAAUGACAGACAAGCACGUGAAGAUGUCGCUCCAACUGUACCAAGUGGAUUACAAGUCCUAUCUGCUUGAUUUCAAAUCGCUGUCGGGCGAAAAAGAGGAGGCUGAUGAAGAAAUCGUCCCAGGGCUGACACCACUGCCGCUGCCGUCCCCGGCCACGCCCACCGCGCAGGGUCAUCACACUAUGGAGUUUUUCGAAAUGUGUGCAGCCCUAAUAAUCCAGCUCGCACGAUAGUGUGCCUUUAAUUAUUAUUUUCUAAUUACGAUACAUGCUUUUACGGCCCUAUUUAUGUUUAAUGAUCACUUAAGUAACUGAAUGAAGACUAUAAAGACAGAAAAUCCAAAUAAUGUUUUUUCAUAAACUUCGCAAGGUAAAUCCUUAAGUGGUUGUUAAAUUAGUUUGAGUGCAGCCGUAAGUAAAGUUUACUUACAUAAAUUCUUAUAAAAUAUCUUGUCAGAAUAAUCGUAAAUGUUAAAAAACAUAUUCAGUUUAAGUUAAACACUUUCAGGAGAUUAAAUUUCUUAACAGUGUCAUGUAAUUAGUUAUUAGAAACCAAAGAUAUAAAACAGCUAAACAUCAAUAUAUUUUUUUAGAACUGUCAACAAAACUGUCUUUAAAAGUUAUAUAAUCCAUGCCGCUUUAAAAUAUUAUAGUCUUAUAGUAAAAUAAAUCCAUCUAAUGGUAAAUUAAAUAGUAGCUUAGUAGAUAAUAGAUAUUAAAGUGAUAGCUAAUGCAAUAAAUUAUUAAAAGUAUUUAAUUUUGAUUUAUAUUAAAGGAAAAAAAUAUAUUACUUAAAUAAUGUUUAGUAGAUUAGUAGGUAUUGUAUUGGUAUGUUUCAACUUUCAUUUAUUAUGGUUUUUGGUAAAAAUGGUUCAUGAUAAAUGAACUUUUAGCCAAAUAUUGUUUUUUAUAACACUUAUUGAACUUGGCAUGUGAUUAUUGUUUAGUACGUAACUUGAACAAUAUCACACGUCAAGUUCAAUACGUUUUAUUAUGUUUGGUGUAAGUGACUAAAAAUAAAUUAACAAUAAUAAUGUGUUGUAAAGAAAUUGUAACUAUACCUAAAAUUUAAAAAUGGACUAGGCAUUAGCCGCGUACUGACCAAGCGAGCCGCCUCGCGAGGCAGCCUCGGACAUUUGCCGCGCGAGGCGGUUUCGGUCUGUAUUUUUCUAAUCCGAAGCUGCCUCGCGCGGCAAGGCCGAGCCAUCGUAAGACCGAGCCAGCAUCGACGCUCAGUUUAACUUGAAGUCGAAUAGAGACCACGCGUGCGUAUAGUUUGCCCGAGACCACAAUGAGGCCGCACAUUCGGAAAGCUGUCGCCACCACUGCCUUUUUAAUAAUUAUUCAGCUAUUGGAAGGUUCAUUUCCUGGCUUAAUUUUCUCUAUGCAUCUCCCCUUAGUCCCUUAUUUAUGUAAUCAGGACAUUGCUCAUUCCAAAGUCGUCGAUAUUCACCAUAUAUGUAGUUGAAUUAAUUUAAGACACUGUUCUUCAUCCAUGAUGCAUAAGUCCUAACACGCUACGAAUAAGCGAGGCAAAACACUCCCGUCUUGAGUGAGCGCGGCAAAGUUACCGAGGCGCCUUUGAGCAUCGACAAAAACCGACAACGCUCGGCUUGGGGCGAGGCACGCUUGGGCGAGGCAACGCAUGCGUUUGCCUCGGGCGAGCCACGUCCUGACCGACCGAGCAACUGACUCGCGAGGCGGCUCGCUCGGUCAGUACGCGGCUAUUCACUAUCUCAACUUGUAAAAUAUUGCUUUCAAGCUAAGAACUUUUAACACUUAACUCUUAAGUGCUUAUCUGAUAGCUAUUUCGAUUUGAAAGUGCCUUUUAGGGUGAUAUUAUUUUGGUUACAAGUUGGUAAUGUACAGUUGCAAUCAAUAAAAUAUUCUCAAA